AUGACGCUGGAUUAUGAGAUCUACAAGGAAGGGGGGUUGUUGAAGGGGCGUUAUCAGAAGUUGGAGGAUAUCAGCGAGGGCUCAUAUGGAUAUGUGUCUUUGGCCAAGGACACCAAUUUGAAGAAGUUGGUGGCUGUCAAGUACAUAUUCAAAAGUGAUGAUGAUGAUGAUGAAACAAGAAAUACCAACGAAAAAGGGGAUGGUUCCAACAACUCAUCUUUAGAAAGACGGCAGAUGCUGAAACGCCAGCGAUCGCUAAUUUCCGAGAGGGUCCGUUCUAGGCUGUCCAAUCAUGUUUGUUAUGAAGCAUUAUACGAAGUUGAUGUACAAAACAAAAUUGGUAAACACAAUAAUAUUACUGAGUUAUUCGAUUACUUUGAUUCCUACAUUAUUAUGGAGUACUGUUCUGGCGGCGACUUGUAUGAAGCUAUCAGAGGUGGCCUAGUUCCUAGGAAGACCAAACAGUUGACGCAUUUACUAAAUCAGAUCAUGGAUGCUGUGGACUAUGUUCAUAGCAAAGGGAUCUAUCAUCGGGAUAUUAAGCCGGAAAAUAUUUUGAUUGCGGAUUCCAACUGGACUAUUAAGUUGACCGAUUGGGGCUUAGCUACUACAGAUCGUAUGUCUACCAACCGGAAUGUUGGGAGUGAGCGUUACAUGGCUCCUGAGCUAUUUGAGAGCAAUCUGGAUUAUGAUGAAAGAGAUGAUCCGUAUGACUGUAGUAAAGUUGAUAUAUGGUCGAUUGGGGUUGUGUUGCUCAACAUGGUUUUCCAUAAGAACCCGUUCAGUGUUGCUAAUCAGACAGACAAGUCUUUCUGCUAUUUUGCGGCAAACAGAGAGGCAUUGUUUGAUGUGUUUCCAACUAUGACCUAUGACCUUUUCCAACUAUUGAGACAUUGUCUAACGAUUGAUCCGACAAACAGAUAUUUACAAGGUAUGAGAGAGGAGUUAUCAAGGUUGGGAGAAUACACCUUGGAUGAUGAAUACUAUAACACCUUGUAUGAUGAGGGUGGAGUGGCUUCCGAAGAAGAGGACGCAUACAGUGCUACUUCUAGAUUCCACGAGGGUGAUGCUACCAAUGUCACGAAUACCCCAAUAUCAGAUGCUGACCUACCUUUGGCUCCAGUUACAGCGGGCUCUGUACCGGCAAUAACAGUCGAACAAAUCACUCCGGCUCAAUCGAAAAAGGAGGAGAAAGAUCCUGUUCCAAAGUUUACCUUUACAAAGAGAUCCCAUGCUAAACCUUUGAAUCCGGAAAAGAACACUAAACCAAUUAAAAUCAGGAAUAAUCGCAAGAUCAUCAAAAACAGUAGGAAACCUUUGGGGAUUCCGACGCCAAACAGUCAUAUAGACAAUUAUUUCCAUGAGUAUAAUAGCCAAAACAACAGUGAAAAUUUUAAUACGAGGGAUUUUUUCACUCCUCCUAGUCUCCACAACCGGUAUAUGGAGGGGGUAUUCAGUAGAAGAAACCGUCCUCGCAGAAAUAGUUAUCAUUAUAACUUGGGUGAGCAUGGCAAUAAUAAUAAUAACAACAGCGUAAACAAUGGCCGACCAGCUUCUGCAAGUGCUAACCUUGGCAAGGUGCCGUUUCAAAGUGCGAGUUCAUCCGCAAAUGCCAACAGUGCGAAUAGCCAUGGCAGGCGCGGAUCCUCUGUAAGUAGCCUGAAUUUUCCUUCCGGAAAAUAUAUCCCUCCACAUUCGCGGAACACUCUCCACAACAACAACAACAACAACAACAACUCUCCAAAUAAUGCAGGCAAUUCCGUUCAUAUUAAUGGUGAUUCACCCAAAAAAGGUGUCACAUAUCAUGAACAGCAUCGUCUAACAUUGGAUGCUGAACCCGAUUUAGAUGAUGUCCUUUUCACGUUAGAAGAAUCCGAUGUGGACAACAACUUUAUCAAUGAGAUGUCAAAUUUAACGGUUCAUGAACAUACAUCACUUCACAGAUCUCGCACUCCAACGCAACUCGAUUCACUGCACGGAACACCUGGGGCGAAUCCAGCCAGUGCAGGAACUGCCACGGAUGUACCCGAGUUGUUGAAGUCUCCGCAAUCAGCUUCUACCGAAUUGCAUAACCAAUUGAAGGACUUAACCUUCCACGUGUCUGAUAAUGCUCGCAGGCAUAGUGCCUCAAGUAAUAGCGCUGUUUCGAACAAUAUUUCUACCACUGAAUUCAAGCCAAAGCCAGGGAUUUACAUUCCGCCUCACCAUAGGAAGGCUUUCAACCAAGGAUCAUGUAACAAUAUGGGCAGUUCAAUCUACGGAGUUGGUCCUACUCUCUCAAUAAAUGGUGAAAAUUAUAACACUGGCACGUAUGCUUCAAAGAAAAACACUUUAGGCACAAGAAGGUAUUCUUCAUCAACGAUUAACAACAAUAACAAUAACAGUCACAGUAACAAUAACAGUCAUAUCAGAUCAGAAUCAUCCUUUAACAAGAUUCAUAAACCAUAUAUGCCACAGAACCAUGCUAUUAGCACUACUGCAAUUCAAAAUGCUGAUGUAUUUGCUGAUCAUGCUGUGGCGUUUGAAGACGACCAUGAAAUCGCCUCCAUUAAUCGAAGGGUUUUCCAUGUUCAUUCACCACAAAAGAUCAAGAGCGGACGCAAGUCCUCUAUCCAAGAUGACUUGGUUGGUUCAUUAGAGCAAUAUAAAAACAAUUGGCUAAUAUUGCAGCAACAUCAAGAUUAA